GACAGAGAGAACGUCAGGCGAACAGAGUGGAGGGAGGGAACGGAAAGUAAAAAAUGAGAGUGUGGCAAGACAGCAGCUCAUAGUGACAGCAGGGGCAGAGGGAGAGGGAGAGGAAGGCAGAGGGAACGAGUGAGCGAGCUGGGGAAGAGAAACCUGACAGUGGGGGGAAAAUGCAGGAAAGGCACUGAAUCUGAGCUGGUGAAGGAGAAAAAGGAGAAUGCAGACAAGUCUAGAGAGAAUCAUUAGGAAGCAACAGUGAGUAAGCAGAGAGAAAGUGUGGAAAUUGAGUGAUUUGUGUAAAUGUGCUUGUAAUGUGCGACUGGCAGUGCUUAAAUCACAGCGUGGACUGUGUUUGCUUGAGAGGGUCUAAUUGUGCUACCAGUACUGCCUGGAAAACAUGCUUGGUGGAUUAUGAGAGAUCAGGAAGAGGACGAUUGUGUGUGUCUGUCAGAGACUGUCUGUUUAUUGGUGAACAAAAGGACUAGGUGCAGCUUGCUCGUGUGUGUGCAUGUCUAGAUGGGAAAAUCGUGCAGCUGGAGAGUUGCUUGAGGAAAGGGAAAAGAUAGUGCAGAGAGUUGAGGCACUUGAGGAUGCCAGGGCAUUCAGGGACAACCACAGCUCUCAGAUAUUGCACUCUCAAUGUAACUGCCGCCUGAGUACUUCAGACCCAAUGAGGGAAGGCAAACCAAUAAACAGAGUCUGUUGAAGGCAGACAAGGUGAAACCAUGGGAGCACGUGUCUUCUUGAGCCUUCAGCGGAACUAUUUGUAGGACCAAAGCAUCUCUGUUGCAGCUGACUAUCUCAAAGGGUAAAGCUACGAAGAUUGUAGAGUUUCUUUGGAGGUCUAAAUGUCUACGUGAAGGAUUGGUGAGGGUCCAUUAUAGUGUCCGGUGAUCCCUUGAUGUCUUCAGAACUCAGCCAUGGGAGAGUGGACCAUUUUAGAGCGCCUCCUGGAGGCCGCUGUGCAGCAGCACUCUACAAUGAUUGGAAGGAUUCUACUGACUGUUGUGGUGAUAUUCCGUAUCCUGAUUGUGGCCAUCGUAGGUGAAACAGUGUAUGAGGACGAGCAGACCAUGUUUAUCUGCAACACCCUCCAACCUGGGUGCAACCAGGCCUGCUACGACAAGGCCUUCCCCAUCUCCCACAUCCGAUACUGGGUCUUCCAGAUCAUCCUCGUUUGCACACCCAGUCUGUGCUUCAUCACCUAUUCAGUACACCAGUCGGCCAAACAGCGUGACCGUCGCUACUCCUUCCUCUACCCAAUGAUGGAGAAGGACUACAGCCGUGAGGGUACCCGAAAAUUACGCAACAUUAAUGGCAUUUUGAUGCAGCAUUCUGACAGUGGUGGCGGAAAGGAUGAAUCUGACUGCUUAGAGGUAAAGGAGAUCCCAAAUGCCCCAAGAGGCCUUCUGCAUGGUAAGAGCUCAAAGGUACGACGACAAGAGGGCAUCUCUCGCUUUUACAUAAUCCAGGUCGUGUUCCGCAAUGCACUGGAGAUAGGCUUCUUGGCGGGGCAGUAUUUUCUAUAUGGCUUUAAUGUCCCUGGCAUCUUUGAGUGUGACCGCUACCCCUGCCUGAAGGAGGUGGAGUGCUAUGUAUCACGGCCCACUGAGAAGACGGUCUUCCUAGUCUUCAUGUUUGCAGUGAGUGGUAUCUGUGUCGUGCUCAACCUUGCCGAGCUCAACCACCUCGGCUGGAAGAAAAUCAAGGCUGCCAUUCGAGGUGUGCAAGCCCGCAGGAAGUCCAUCUGUGAGAUCCGCAAAAAGGACAUGGCCCACCUGUCACAACCGCCAAACCUGGGCAGGACCCAGUCCAGCGAGUCUGCUUAUGUCUGAUCUCCAUUCACUUAAAUAUGGCAUCACAAAGAGUGGAGCUGAGAGUGGAAUGUUAAAAUAUCAAGGCGGUUAUGGUACUUCGUAAGGGGGAGGGGCUCCACAUAGCCACACCUCUUUCCCACAAGCCACUCCCUCCCUCUUUAUGGAAGUUUGCACAAUGUUAGGCUUCUAGAAAAUAAGACAUAGAAGAGGAAUUUUUGGAAAGUCUCGAACAUAAGGAUCAGUGGAAGGGUGAAGAGCGUAAGGUACGAUAUGAUGAGGUGAUGGACUUCUAAUACAGAAUAUUAUGGAAAUAAAAGUAUACAGGCCUGUUUUCCCACUUUUCUCGCUCUCAUAUCUUGAGAAAAGAGAAGGAAGGAUAGCAGGAGAGCGUAGCAUGACAAUAACCUCCUACUUUCCUCAACCGUUGUCACUGAGAUGGUGCCAGAAAAAGAAAACUGUUUAGGUUUGCUCUCCUGGCAGUGAAUCGGUCUAAAACAAACCACGGGUGGGAUAUAAACAUUGUUACAAGCAGUGGCACCUUCACUUUGACAUCUGAUUGAACAAACAUUAGCAUCUUUUUUGUAAUCUCUCUGGUUGUCCUACAAGACUAGGAUGAUUAUUACCUCUGCGCAAAGUGUGCCCUUCCAUGAAGACACCCACUGUUAAGUGUUCCAGUCAAGAAUUCAUCCCUCUUGUGGUGCAUGUGUGUUUAUAUGUAUGUAUGUGACCAAAGUUGAAAGAAUUUUCAGAAUGCAGAUUAUUUUUUGUUCUUUUUAAGAUUUUACUUUUGUUCUCUGCAAAGGUUGGUGCCAUCAGCUUAAAUGACUGUUUAUUUCAGAAUAUUAUUUAAAACAUUGUUAAAAGAUUAUUGCAAAGUUAGAUUAUUUAUAUUUAUUGGGAAAGGAAGCCAUUCCUGCUGAAAACAAUUCCCAUGCUGGUCCAAGGCUGGUUUAUGCUGAUUAUUGCUGGUUUAACUGGUGUAGAAGAAUAGCCAUGCUGCACACCAGCAAAAAAAAAAAAAAAAAAAAAAAAAUCAAAUCUAAGGAACCAGCAUGGUCUUUCUGGUAAACGUGAUUAACAAAGAAGAUGUUGUUUGUUAUGAUAGAUGCUUGACGGGAUGUAAAAAGAAUUGAAGAAAUGUUUUCAUGCAUCCAGAUGUUUCUAUCAGUUGAAUCAAUUAUCCAAAAAUUAGCAUAAAGGUAUCUUUCGAAGGCAUGUUUACAAAGCUUUUUCUGUUAAAAGACUUUUUAAAUGAAAAUUAAUUUAUAGUGUUUUUAUUAGCUUUUUCUUCUCAUCACCUGUUUAAUCAGCAUGCCUUUACUAUUGAGAAGCUUAGAAACAUAUAUGUAUGCAUUGCACUGUGGGAUGGGAAGAGUGGAUAAAAGGAGAAACUCACUCUGGGAAGGACAUUAGUGGAGGGAAAGUGAGCCUUUUGAAUUGGUCCAUCCUAAAUAAGAUCAAUGAUGAGUACGUAGGUAUGUGCGUGUAUGUAGCUGUGAUCCCCUGUGUGCCUUUGUUUACACAGUGUGGGUUAAAGCAGGGUGUCAUCUCUAACGAACACACACACUCACACACAAAAAAACAUUUGAGUUGUCAUUCAACCAAUGUUAGCACUAGCUUGGGCCCACUAAAGUAAGUACUUGUGCCUACACCACCCUGACUCCACUCUGCACGUGCACUUAAAACAACCCAGUGUAGACAGAACACAGAGCAACUAACACGGACCAGCUCGCUGACAUACCGCAGAGACAGAAAACACUGUCAGAGAAGAGACAGAGGGAAAGAGAGGAAACUGCAGAGGCCCAUUAAUAGCAACACAAUUGUCCUGACUUUAGGCAUUUCUAGCAGAAAAAAGUCUUUCACAGGAAAGUUUGUGUUUAUGUUUAGUUUGACAUGAAGUGCAGUUUAGCCACAAUUCUGAUUCAGGCCAGAAGUCAGUGUGAGGAUGGAUAUUGUCAUUUACAUCUAAAUUGAAUAAGAGGUAUAAAAUUGGCCACAUUUAUGAGGCGUCCAAUGCAUGUCACAUUUGUUUUACUGUAAAAGUAAACAGCUUGUAAAUUAUCCGUAAAAAUACUUCUCUGGACUUUUCUGUACUUCAUCCAAAAUGAGAACAAGGAUUUCUAUGAUUACAUUUUUCCCAGGGUACAACAUUAACAUUCAUCAAGCAGCAAAUGUGAUUGGCAAGUACAUAAACAAAGCUACUUGCAACAGAGCUGCAAUAAUCUGACCUUUAACAAAGUGAUGCAAUUCAAAGAAAUACAAACUACUACUGCUAUUAUUUUUAAUUUAAAUGCAAAUACAGUUUCAUGGCUGGUACACAUUCUAAGUUCAACCUGCCAUUGCCCAGCAUGGUGAAAAGUUAAUUUUGGACCUUAUGUAUACACUCUAAAAAAGAACUGAUUAAACAGUAUUUUUGUAGCACAGAACUAAUUUAAUGAGGUUUGAUUAAAACAAUACAAAAUGGCAAUGAAAUAUAUAAAAAAAGAUAUUGGUUCUCAAAUUUGG